UCGAGUAGUAGUAGCAGUUCUACUAGCUCCUGCAAGUCUAGCCCGAGGCGAAGACGGCACCGCAAGUCAAAGAAAAGGGGGGGCACAAAAAAGGAGCUACUUAAAUUGACAAAACUCGUUAACAGCUUGCAGACACAAAUAGCAAGAUCAAACGAAUGUAUUCGCCCGUACGAUAAUAAUUCAGAUAUUUCAGAUUGCAGUCGAGAUCUUUAUGUGGAAAAUGAACCAGACCAGGCACCGCCUGUGCCCGUGGAACCAGAGCCGUUUGCUUUUGGACUCGGUACCAAAUUAAAAGAACCGGCUAUGCCAGGCACGUCAGAAGGUGAGUUAAAGCUAUUGUGUGAUAUACAGCGGUUGAAUCAUAACGAAUGGUUUAAUUUACGCUAUGCAGAGAUCCAAAAAGUGUAUAAUCACACUCCAGGCUAUACAGACUUAGAAACUAACGACGAGGUUAGAGAGUAUGAUCAGAAUCCUCACUUAGUGCAGGCGGAUAGAGCUUUCGGUGCAUUAACCUACUGUAUGCUAAAACAGCAGGAGGCUUUACACGCAGCCGUGCAGGAUGUGCUGACUUGGGCUCAGGGAGGCACGGAAAUUGUACACGAGGCUCUUCGUGAAAAACUUAACAGUGUUUUUCUCAGUGGUGAUUACUACAAGGUUUCUGAAGAUUUUUUACAGGUUAUAUGUGGCCACAGAGCGGAAGUGAUUCAAAUGCGACGUAACGGAAUCACUAAACAUGUCAAAGAUAAGUUGGUCAAAUCCGCUUUACGUAAGAUUCCUCCAUCAGGAACGUCACUGUUUAACGCUGAGGCUUUUACGGCUGCAAUCGAAAAAUAUGGCGGUGUACGAAAAUGUUUCUGGCCCUUACCUAAGACUCCUGCUUCGCAAGCAGGCCCUUCAAAGAUGACAAGCGCGCCCUCGCAGGGUGCAGCGCCUCGUAAAGUACUCUCGCAGGGUACUCGCUAUAAUCAGGCACAUGCUGCUGGUAACAACUACGAGAAUCAUGGCUAUUCUGAUGCAAAUAAUAUCCCACCCUCGCGGGGUGGCUACCAUCAUCCGUACCCUUCGCAAGGGUAUCAAAAUACAUACAAUUCUGCUCGCUCUAAUACAAGGCCAAUUCCUGGGCCCUCCUUUCGAGACCGUCAGCCAAGAGACUAUCAGCAAAGAGGUCGGGGAGGACGUAAGCGCCCUCAUUCCCCCGCGGGGCAGAGACAGAACAAGCGAAGAAGAUAUUGACUCGAUACAGUUCAGGGCCGGCCGUUUAGCAAAUUAUUACAAUAUGUGGAGAGGAAUGAAUGCUCCAGACUUCUUGUUACGGAUAAUAAAAGGGUAUC